AAUUUCCCAGAGUUGCAGAGUUUGAGUCGCCUCAUAAACUCCUCCCAUACCAAGGCACGGAGUUCAGCGUCUUGAAUUGUUCGAGGGAGCAUGUCAACAACACACGAAACCAACAGUCCUCGAGCUGGGCCAUAAAGGAUAAUGAACAAGAGGAAAUAUGACGCUGGCAGAAGGAAAAAUGGAUGCAAGAUUUGCACUUAUUUAGCAAAAUAUUUUCAUUUUAUUUGCUCACACAAGUCUGCCAAAUGAAACAUUGUGCCUAUGAAAAUUUAGCUUUGAUUUUUAUCAAAUAACACUUAAGCCGUACAACUGUUUAAUUGUGAAGUAAAAAAACCCUAAGGUUCAGAAUGUACCAGGUAGUGCCUGGAGGUGCAGGAGGAACGAUCACUGAUGGCAUGCCCAUCAAGAAGAUGGACAAGGACAGUCGCCCUCUGGUGGGGGCUGGAGUUAUUGGUGUGGUUCUGGUGAUUGCAGCAGUGACUGCAUGGUGUUACUAUAUUGCCUCCCUACGUAAAGCUGAUCUGCUGAAGACAGAAUUGCUUGAUCUGAAUAAGGAUGGCUUUCUCAUCCGCAACCAGGCUGGGGGGAUUGUCUUGAAAAUGGGCUUCAGGUCUGGCACACUCGACCUCGACUCCUGCUCAAAAGAAGGAGUGAUCCUUCGUUGCUCGCGUUCAUAUGCUGGCAAGGUGAACUUCUUCAUUAUGACAGUGAAGCCAAAGGAAACAGUGAUGUGUUAUCGUGUGCGUUGGGAAGAGUUGGAAUCGGAUCGGCCUGUUGAACAUGCUAUGUCCUACAAUGAAUCACACUGGUAUGGAGGUGCAGAGACUGCUGUUCAGCACUGGCCUAUAGCCAUCUCAGGCCAGCAGGCACCUAAACCUUUUGUCACCAGCGACGUGUACUCCAAUCGCCAUGACUUCGGUGGCAUCCUGGAGCGCUACUGGAUCUCAUCCAACGCAACUGCCAUUAAGAUCAAUGAUUCUGUGCCCUUCCACCUGGGGUGGAAUGACACAGAGAAAACCAUGUACUUCCAGGCACGAUAUCAGGACAGUCCAUACAAACCUGCAUCUGGAAGGCCUCCCUAUGCUGAACUUAGUUACCGAGUCUGUGUGGGCUCAGAUGUGACCUCCAUUCACAAGGUCAUGGUUCGCAGGUACUUCACCAAACCCAACAAAGUGCCUGCAAAAGAAAUGUUUCGGCACCCAAUAUGGUCCACCUGGGCUUUACACAAGACUAACAUCAACCAGGAACAGCUUCUAACUUAUGCAGAGAAUAUACGCAAACACGGUUUUAACUGUAGCCACUUAGAACUUGAUGAUCGCUACACAAGUCAGUACGGAGACUUUGAUCUUGACACACGCAAGUUUCCAAAUGCCUCUGCCAUGUUUCAAAAGCUCAAGGCAGAUGGAAUCCUGGUAUCUCUGUGGACACAUCCCUUUGUGAAUUAUGAUUCAGCUAAUUUUGGGCAUUGUGUACAAAAAGGCCUGUUUGUGAUGGAGCCGACAGGUCAACUUCCUGCCUUGGUUAAAUGGUGGAAUGGGAUUGGUGGUAUCGUUGAUUUUACCAACCCAGAGGCACGCACUUGGUUCUUAUUGCAGCUUCGCACAUUGCGCAAUAGAUAUGGUGUUUCCUCUUUCAAAUUUGAUGCAGGUGAGACUAAUUACUUACCUUGGCAGUUCAGAACCAAAGUCCACCUCCCUGACCCGAGCACCUUCACCCGUCGCUACACUGAAAUGGCCAUCCCCUUUAACGAGCGCGCUGAGCUUCGGUCUGGCUACGGUUCUCAAAACAUUUCUUGCUUUUUCCGUCUAAAUGACCGGGACUCUGUGUGGGGCCACGAACUUGGCCUGAAGUCCCUGAUCCCAACCGUCCUAACCAUAAGCAUCCUGGGCUAUCAGUUUAUCUUGCCAGACAUGAUUGGAGGCAAUGCCUAUCCCAACCGUACUGAUGGGAAUGGCAGGCUACCAGACCGUGAGCUCUACAUUCGAUGGCUGGAGCUGGCUGCUUUCAUGCCUUCCAUGCAGUUCUCCAUUCCUCCAUGGGAGUAUGAUGAUGAGGUUGUGGCUAUUGCUCAACGCUUCACUGAACUGCAUGAGACGCUGGUGGCUCCCAGGGUCAUAGAAUUGGCUGGAGAAGUUCUGGACACUGGGGACCCCAUAAUUCGCCCAUUAUGGUGGAUUGCCACCAGUGAUGAAACCGCUUUUAGAGUUGACUCUCAAUUUCUGAUAGGAGAUGACUUGAUGGUGGCACCAGUACUGGAACCAGGCAAGCAAGAAAGGGAUAUCUACUUACCAGCUGGACGUUGGAAAAGUUACAAAGGAGAACGAUUUGACAACAAAGAGCCACAACUGAUAACUGAUUACCCAGUUGAUCUUGAUGAAAUUGCUUACUUUGAAUGGGUUCAGUGAGACUUAUGGUAUACAUUUGGAGCAUGUCUUCCAUUUAAACAUUGGUGAAGAUGACUUUGGUUCAGGGAGUAAGCUAAAAUUAUUUACCCAGGUUUUAGGUUCUCCAUAUAGGAAAGGACUAUUUAAGAAUUAAGCUUAUGGAUGCGCGUUUAUUAACUUGGCUGUGAUUGUUUUGUGCCAUGAGAACAAUUAAAUAUGCAUUACAUAUCUGACGCUAAUGUUUUAAUCCGUGCCUUGCAUUUAAACAGUGAAUGUCUUCACAAUACCAGCUCGCAUUUAGAUGUGCAUAUGGCCAAAUAAACCAACAUUUAGGACGUUAAGGAUGUACUCACAGACUCUGACAGGUAAUUUUGCACAAUGUAUAGUUCAUGUUCUCUCAUCUGCAUAUUUAAAAAGGGAAAUUUUUCCAGUACUGUACAUAAGCCUUUCAAUUUACAAAGCAUGCUUUAUGGAUUACUUUCCGAUGUUCUCCACAGAGCUAAUUAACUUCUCUGAAAUGUAUAAAUUUGCAAGUGUAUAUAUGACAUUGAUGUAUGGCUGUAAGACAUAAUGCUGCAUCUCCAAUAUAUACUACAGUAAAGUUAGGCAAUGCAUGGAGCACAUUUAAGCCUAAUCUGCCUUUAUCAUUUCUUCUAAGCAUCUAGUUUUGAAAUUAUGCCAUCAAUAGUUUGUAUGAAUAAUCUAUAUUUGUGGUUACUAUUUUAUCAUAUAGUGCCAAAUAGAUCACCAACAGGCCUUGUUCAAGCAUUACUCCAUUAUUGCCAAAUGUAUAUAAAACGUCUCCUGCCACGUAAUGCACAGAAGUUAGUAUUUCAUAAUGUCAAACGAAUAAGUGUGCUGCUCAUUUUCUGACUUUUAUUAUGCUGUGCUGUCUACAUUUUGUGCUUUGCAUAACGGCACAAUGCUAAAUGCUUAGUCAGUUAAUCUUUAUCAGAUUGUGUUUUUGCUGCGCAAGGGUCACCUUUCUGUUUGUUGUGUUUAUUUAACGCUCUUCCAGCAUGCCGGCAAUCGACUCACACUGCAAGCUUUCUCUAAUCUACGACCUUCAAGCUUAUUUUUAGCUCUUCCCACACAACUGUGAAAGCGCCUUCAUCCACACUGGUGAAACAAUGAUUCUGUCAAGCUAUGUCUUAGACCUGUGGCAGCUGGCUUUACUUGUGGACCUCAAAUAGUUGCGUCUUUUUAGUUAGUUUGCGAGUUUUAAGUACUUGAAGAAAUGUUUUUUUUUUUUUUUUAAAUUGGGUCUAUAUGCUUUUGGAUUCUACCCUGAUUAGAUCUUGUUGAUAAGCUCCUGAAAGUACAGACAUGGUUAACCCAGUCGGACUAUAGACUGCUGAUGUUUCUGAAACAGGUCAAAGCCACUGUCAGCUUCCACAGACUGGAAUUACAAGUUUUUUUGGUUCUUAAAGACUUAGAUUGCAUGAACAUAUUGCAAAAACAAAGUGCAACAUUUGUACAACUCAUAAUUUUGUGCGUGUCUGUUUCAUUGCUAUCAUUUGUGUAUGACUUCUGUGUCUGCAAAUAUGCAAAAUAUGUUGUACUCUAAUAUACUUUUUUGGCAAUAAGAAAGUAUUCAUUUUGUGCAUAAAAUGCAUUUUAAUUUGUUUAAACCAGGUGGUUGAGUUCUGCAUCUGUGAAACAUGACUUUACAGUUUGUAUUUAUUUUCUUUUGAGUUUUUAAGUUGUUAGGAUAAAGAAAAUUGCAACUGUAGUACUGUCUAAUCUCUUUGUUUUUUGGAUCACUCCAAAAAAUAUUACUGUUCUCUCUCAUGUCACAGGAGGGCAGUGUUCACCUGCUUUUCGAGUCCUCCACUCUGAGCUUUUGAAGUGUGUUGGCAUGGUAUAAAAAAAAAAGUCCUGUACUUUGUUAUUUCAGUAUUUUUUGUUCACUGAGUCUAAUUAGCCUGAUAUUGAAGUAAAAUGGUUACCAUUAAACUUUUGACCUCUCUCAAGA